UCUGGCCAGCAGCAGCCGGGACAACCCGGUGCACGUGUGGGACGCGUUUUACGGCGAGGUGCGGGCCAGCUUUCGGCCCUACAACCACCUGGACGAGCUGACAGCGGCCCACUCGCUCUGCUUUUCACCGGACGGAGCGCAGCUGUACUGCGGCUUUGAGAAAAUGGUUCGGGUUUUCUACACGGAUCGUCCCGGGAGAGACUGCGAGGAGCGGCCCACUGUAGUGAAGAAACGAGGCCAGAUCGGCAUCAUCUCCUGCUUCAGCUUCAGCCCGUGUCAGGCCGUCUACGCCUGCGGCUCGUACUCCCGGUGCGCCGGCCUCUACUCCUGCCAGGAUGGCACCCUGCUGGCCCUGCUGCCCACCCGCCACCACGGGGGCCUCACCCAUCUGCUGUUCUCCCCCGACGGCAACUACCUGUACACCGGCGGGCGCAAGGAUCCAGAGAUUCUGUGCUGGGACCUGAGAGAACCAGGAAAAGUCGUGUUUUCGCUCAAGAGGAACGUGGCCACCAACCAACGGAUCUACUUUGACCUGGACCAGUGCGGCAGGUACCUGCUGAGCGGAGACACGGAGGGAGUGGUGUCGGUCUGGGACACUCUGACGGCUCCCCCUGAUGGAAACGAGGAACUCCUGCAGCCGGAGCUUAGGUUCCAGGCUCACUGGGACUGCACCAACGGUGUCAGCAUUCAUCCCUUUAUGCCCCUGCUGGCCACAUCCAGCGGCCAGCGGCAGUUCCCGUGGCCCGCCGACAGCGAGGGCGACUCUGCCUCCGACACCGAGGGUGACGGAGCGGUGGCACCGCAGCAGGAGAGCCGGCAGGACAACGCUCUGUCUCUGUGGUGGGCCGGACCACUCGGUCCUUCUGAGGACAACCAGAACCGACAGGCAGCAGCGGUGGAGGCAUGAAGCGCUUAUAUUGGAGCCAAGGCACAAAUUUAGUAACACUUAAUCUGUGAAAAUUAAAUUUGCAUCAAGCUAAUUUUAGUUAUGUAGUGUUUUCUGUCUUUGGACACGACUUUACAAGGAACAUCAGCAGAUUGUUUUCAGCAAAUCUACAUUUUUUUUCGUAUUAUGACAGAACUAAACCCAAGUAGGCAGAAUAAACUCAGAUUGAGUCUUUUAUUCUGGUAAUAUUUGACCCAUAUUUACUGAUUUUGAUUUAUUGAGGUGCAAUAAAGACACCUUCAGUUAAAUAUUUAGUACUGAGUAAAGAAUUUCUGGUUUAAAUCAGCUGUCCCCAACCUUUACCACUUCACAGAAGCUUCAUACAAGACAGCUUUCCCAUAAACUAACCAGUAGCGGAAAAUAUUCUCCGGCAAAGUUAACUUUUUACAUUUUUUAGCUUGUCGGAUGUGUUGACGUCAGCCUGCAGGGUUUGUUGUAAAUAGCUUGCAGGCUAAUUGACUUUUAGGUUUGUUGUGGUUAGCUUGUAGGCUAGUUGUGGUUAGCUUGCAGGCUUUUUGUGGUUAGCUUGCAGGCUUGUUGUGGUUAGCUUGCAGGUUAAUUGGCAUUAGCUUGCAAGCUUGUUGAGGUUAGCUUGCAAGCUUGUUGUGGAUAGCUUGUAGGCUAGUUGUGCUUAGCUUGCAGGCUAGUUGAAGGUAGCUUGCAGAUUAAUUGGCAUUAGCUUGCAGGCUUGUUGUGGUUAGCUUGCAGGCUAAUUGGCAUUAGCUUGCAAGCUUUUUGAGGUUAGCUUGCAGGCUAAUUGGCAUUAGCUUGCAAGCUUGUUGAGGUUAGCUUGCAGGUUUGUUGUGGAUAGCUUGUAGGCUAGUUGUGCUUAGCUUGCAGGCUAGUUGAAGUUAGCUUGCAGAUUAAUUGGCAUUAGCUUGCAAGCUUGUUGAGGUUAGCUUGCAGGCUAAUUGGCAUUAGCCUGCAAUCUUGUUGAGGUUAGCUUGCAGGCUUGUUGUGGUUAGCUUGCAAGCAUUUGAAGUUAGCUUGCAGGUCAAUUGACAUUAGCUUGCAGGCAGUUGAGGUUAGCUUGCAAGCUAAUUGACAUUAGCUUGCAGGCUUGUUGUGGUUAGCUUGCAGGUUUGUUGUGGUUAGCUUGCAGGCUAAUUGACGUUAGCUUGCAGGUUUAUUGGUGUUAGCUUGCAGGCUAAUUGACGUUAGCUUGCAGGUUUAUUGGUGUUAGCUUGCAGGCUAGUUGACAUUAGCUCACAGGCUAAUUGAAGUUAGCUUGCAGGCUAGUUGUGGUUAGCUUGUAGAUGUGGUAGCACAAAAGUAACUGCAGUGGAGUCCAUUGCAGCAAAAACGUAGAAAAGGAAGUGGUCUGUUUUUAUAAUUUUGUACAAUUCACAUUGUAUAGAAAUUAUUUUUAUUUUAUUUAUUUGUUUCCACAAAAUACUUUUCUUGUCAUGUGGACCGGUUACAAAUGAUCCUUGGGGUGGUACUGGUCUUGGGCUCAGUACUUGGGGACUCCUGGUUUAAACGGUACUCUUUCUCACGUUGUGAUAAUAGGAAAGCAACUGUAUUAGUAGUUUGGAAACAAACCUUUCACUGCUUUUUGUUAUGUUUUCAGUAUUUUUUGUAAGCUUUUAAAAUAAUGUU